CCAUUUCAUUGCGAAUAAUCGAUAUCAAAGGCAGCUCUGCGUGUGUCGACGGACGAAACAACAGCACACAGAGAAAACUUUUUAUUAUAUAUUUAGUAAAUAAAAUAAUAACCACACAACACCCAAGUAAACAAUGAACAAACUAAAAUCAAGCCAGCAUCGCGACAAGGUGAAAAAAUUUAUUUCGCUAACACAAACAGGCGAACAAACAGCCAUUUUUUGCUUACAACAGAAUGAUUGGAAAAUGGAUUUGGCCAGCGACAAUUAUUUCCAGAAUCCCGAGUACUAUUAUCGAGAACUCGAUCGCAAGCGCAUUGAGCAACUGUUUAUGCGCUAUCGCGAUCCCAGCGAUGCCCAAAAGAUUAGCUCACAAGGUGUGAUAAGAUUCCUCGAGGAUCUGGAAUUGAGUCCCGACUCCAAACUGGUGCUCAUCAUUGCUUGGAAAUUCCACGCUGAGGUCCAGUGUGAAUUCUCGCGGGAUGAGUUCAUCAAUGGCAUGUGCGAUCUUGGAACAGAUAGCAUUGAGAAGCUCAAAUCAAAGUUGCCAUUGCUGGAACAGGAAUUGAAUGAUGCAGGAAAAUUUAAAGAUUUCUAUCAUUUCACCUUCAACUAUGCCAAGGAUCCGGGUCAGAAGGGCAUUGACCUGGAUAUGGCUAUUGCAUACUGGUGCAUAGUGCUCAGUGAUCGCUUCAAAUUUUUGGGUAUUUGGUGUAAAUUUCUCGAGGAGAAGCAUAAGCGAGCUAUUUCAAGGGACACUUGGAAUCUGCUGCUGGAUUUUGCCACCAACAUUGAUGAUCGCAUGAGCAACUAUGAUUCAGAGGGCGCUUGGCCGGUGCUCAUCGAUGAUUUUGUCGAAUGGUGUCAAGAAAAUAAUCAUCUAGCUUCAGAUCAGCAACAGCAGCAGCAACACUUGCAACAGCAGCAGCAAUCGUCGUCCCAGAAGAACAUAUCCAGCGCUUACCAGACCUCGCAUAGUACAAACAUGAAUUAUGGCUAACGAUCGUUUAUAUAUACAUAUAUAUACAUAUAUUCUCAUUAAUGAUAAAUAUUUGCUUUUUAUUCUGAUUAUUUUAAAUAAUGAUGAUAAUAAGCAAUGCGAAUUAAUUUACAUUUCUCGAUAAAAAAAAAAACUAAAAAAAAACCACGGCGAAAAACAAAACACGUAAUAAACAAAAUUAGUAAAUGUAAAUAA